GACUAGAAGUACUACUAGAGAGAGAGAGAGAGAGAGAGGGAGAUCAUCCACGGAAAUGGACAACACGGCGAUUCUGAGGGAGUGGUUCGGGCGAGUGGACUCGGAGAAAACCGGAAGCCUGACAGCGCCUCAGCUCAAGGGAGCUCUGGCGGUUGGGAACCUCGACUUCUCUCUCUCCGUCGUUCAGCAGAUGAUCAGGAUGUACGAUUUUGAUAGGAACGGCACGAUGAGCUUCGAUGAAUUCAUUGCGCUCAACAAGUUCCUUCUUAAGGUUCAACAGGCCUUCUCUGACCUGGAGAGGGGUCGUGGGUAUAUUAUUCCGGGUGACGUAAAUGAGGCGUUGGUGAAGAUUGGUUUCUCAUUGGACUCGCCUGCUUUCUACUCAGUUUGUGAGAGCUUUGAUCAAAAGAAGAAUGGGCGAUUUCGGCUGGAUGACUUCAUAUCUCUUUGUAUAUUCUUACAGUCCGCUCGGAAUUUAUUCAAUUCAUUUGAUACAGCAAAGCAAGGCAGGGUGACUCUUGAUCUCAACCAGUUUGUCUACUGCACUGCAAAUUGUAGAAUAUGAUUGGAAUACCUACGGUGACUAGUAGAUGCUGCACAGUGCACAAUGCCUCUGUACAUUUGAUGUUUGAUGUGGUAAUAAUGUAUUACAUUUUCCGGUUGUGUAGAAUAUUUUUCUAUGUUUUUGAUGCUGAGAAAUGCUUUAUUCGAAAUGAAGCUGCAAAGCGUUAUACUUGUGUUAUGAUCCAUUAUCUCAAGUUUUGGUUUGA